CCGGUUGAUUGGCGGGAACAAUGAACGCGAAGGACGAGUCGAAAUACGCAGAAAUGGUGUGUGGGGCACAGUUUGCGGGGACAGCUGGUUUGACAUACAAGACGCCGAUGUUUUGUGUCGCAUGCUUCACAGAAAUUUGAGUGCUUUGGAAUACCAUAUGGACGGACGAUAUGGUUCCGGCAUUGGUCCCAUAUUUUACCGUCAGCUGACAUGCAGUGGGUCAGAGCAAACAAUCCACGACUGUUCCAGUGAAACGGGAGAAACGUGUUCGCAUUCAUCAGAUGUUGGUUUAAAAUGUUCUGGCUGUCCACCUACGAAUCUGCAACAUUACGGACGGCUUGAGGACGUUAACAUAACCAGCAAUGGCGAUUUCUACACUGGAACAUGCAGCAACGGGACAUCCAUGUAUCAGUUCCAAUAUAAAUGUUCACUAAACGGCACGUGGGAAGAAUACGGGGCGAAAUGCGGACCAUUAGAUGUGAGAGACGUCCGAUUCGUUGAUGGCGUUGACUUGUAUGAAGGAAAUGUUGAGGUGCUUGUUGGGGAUACUUGGGGUCCGGUGUGUGCAUACACACACAUGGAACACUACUCGUACAGCAGCGUGUUUUGCACAAUGAAAGGAUUGAGUUUCAGAUAUGAGUUUCAUCGUAAAUGGCGUUAUUGGUAUACUUGGAUUUAUUCGGGUGUGAACUCUGUAAAUGGGUUUAUCGGAAACUUGCAAUGUCCUCCCAAUGCUGAUCACUUGAGCUCGUGCAUUUACAAAAAUGUUUACGUAUGCGAUAACCAGUUAAGAAUGUCAUGCGAAGGAUAUCCUCUGAAUAUCAGCUCUAUUCAGUUGGUCGAUGGAUCGAGUCCAUAUCACGGAAUAGUAGAACUGCGUGUUGAUGACACAGUUGGUACUAUCUGCGAAGAUUAUUUCGAUUUUGACGAUGCAAGAGUUCUCUGCGCUAUGAUUGGUCUGAAUGCAUCCGCUUUCUAUGUGGAGUACCAUUAUAACGCGAGUGGUCGCAAACCUAUGAUACGAGGCUUGGAAUGCUCCGGGAAAGAAAAUCAUAUAAAUAACUGCUCAUACAGUACUUCCUUUUACUUGAAUCCUUGUCCAUAUAGAGCAGUUGCACUAGUCUGUACAGAGUCGAACACAUAA